AUGAGUCGUGCUUCAGAACAAAUUGUAAGUAAUCUAAUUUCUAACUUCCAUUAAAGCAGUAUUGUGUAUAAUUUAUCCACUCCACAGAAACCACUUUGUAGCUUAGGAAACUGCACCCAAAUACCCACUGCACCAUAACCACUGAAACAAGCUGUAGUGAUCCAUAGUGUGUCUUUUUAAAUGUUCUUUAGGAACAAAGCCAUAUAUUUUAUACACAAUAGUAUUAUCCAGUGAGCUUUACAUAUGUGAGACCUAGAGAGAGAAUAUUAUAAUAUUAGCAAAAGUAAAGCAUUAAAAGUUAAAUUGAGGGAAGGACAGGUAGAGGUCAAUGGUCCUUCAAUUUAUUGCGAGGGAGGAUUGAUGGACCUUCCACUGCCUAAAGUUAAAUAUACACUGUUUAGUAGAUAUACCUCCAGUGAAACCAUGUAUUCAUUUGAUCUUUUAUUUGGGAUAUAUCUAUACGCUGCAUACCUCUGGGCAGCCACAGAAAGUCUGGGUUGGAUUAGAAGGUGGGAGGCCUUGCAGAGGCUUGAAAGAAAUCAGAUUUCUCAAUGAGAAUUUGUGCAAAGCAGGUGCUCUGGGCAAUUGCUGCCCUCUGAGAUUAGCUCAAUUGAGCUAAACAAAUCAAGACGUAACAGGAAUAUAAGGUUUAAAAUGUACACCUCUUCAGAAAUAAAGCACUUUAGCAGGCUUCUGUAAAAAGUAUCUUCAAUUAAUUAAAAAUAUAUAUAUUUAUUUUUUUAUUUUUUUUAUUUAUCCUUUUUUAUUUUUGUUGUGCACAUAAACCAGUACAAACAUGUCUUGCCACAACAGCAAUUACACACAUAAAAUAUAAUUUGAGAACAGUGUGGAUGUGGGACUACAAAUUUUUUUUAAUAUUUUGUAGGACAUUAUAUUUUUAGUGUUGGUCAGAAGGGAGGCUAGAAGGCUUGUGAGUCUUGGUUUUGCUUUUAAGGAGAACUGGAAUUUUAUAUGUUAAAACAAUCUUCUUUGACUGACACUUUUUUUUUAAACAAAGCUGCCAGAAGAUUAUUUUCUGGCAGAAGAGGGAUUGUUACUAGAAGAAAUGGUAGAAGAAGAUGAAGAUAUUGAUCUGUACAAUGAAGUGACUUUUGGAUUAGGUAGGCUGGAUUGGAACGAUACAAUGUCCAUUUAUUAUCUGAAUUACAUGGGUUUUUAUCAUGUUUACAGUUUAUUAUUUAGACCCCCAGUGACUAGAAUAAUUUCUGUCUACACACCUCUCUAUUGGUUUACAUAAGGCAUAUAAAGUUAAAGCCGUAGACAACAGACCCUCAACAUUGUUAAAUCCGUGCUGCCAAUCUCUCUGUUUACAAUAUCCAAUCUCAUCAUUCUGCUAUCUUUUUUUUAAAAUAUUUUGAGAUCAAGAUUCUGAAGAGGAGAGCACAAAACCAGAUGUGGAGGAGGAGGAGAAGAAAUCUGACCAGAAAGAGGCCAUUAAGAAUGCAGACCCUAUUGUCCAAGCCAAAAAAGAGGACAAAAAAUCCCCAUUCCAGGAAGUGAAAAUUGUGGUGGAAUCUCCUAAACACGAUGCUCCUUCUAUGAACAUGGAUGAUCAUGAUACAUCAAACCUGGAUGAAUCUGAACUAGGAGACCCUGCAGUGAUGAAGGCUUUCCAUGGAAAACCGACUUUGGAGGUAACCUGCAUAUUAUCUACCUGUGAUAGUCCUUGUAGUUCUACGAUUGUUGAUGUUCUUCUAGUGAGUCUCCUAUUUGAAGCAUUUACUUGUGUUCUAAAUGCUUGUUCAAAGCAACACCCAAUGCCCGCAACUGUAGAUCUUUUGGGGUUUUUCUUGGGGGGGAUUGGAUUGUGUCUAACCAUAGGGUAGGGGAGUGAGGAAAACUGCACCACUGUCUAAUAUAUCCGUACCUUAAUUCACUGUGCUGUUUAUUGUUGUGUUUUUUUUAUUUUUAUUAUCUAGAGCAUGGACAGUGCAGUUGUAGACAGUGGAAUUGGAUCUGCUUGGGCCGAGUUUGAUACAGAAUAUGAUACGGUAAAAGGUUUAACACUUUAACAAGCCUAUAUGUCUUUAGUGGUGCAUUUAGGUCUGUCUGUGUGUCUUUCUCCGUGCAUCGAGUUGCCAUUGCAAUCUUUUUAAUAUAACUUUUUUUUUUUUUUCCCUUCUCUUACACCUAGAGUGGAAUGGAUUCUGGAAUGUGGGAAGCAUCUCCGAGGGCAUCAGUAGGUCAAAUAUUAGAGGUAAAUUAUUAUUUUUUUGUAUACCAAAAUUAUUUCAUGUAAAACUUUUUUUUUUUUUUUUUUUUUUUUAAAGCUUUAAAGAAUUGGUUUUUUAUUAAAGCAUGAGCAGUUGAUAUAUUAUAUAAUCUAGUUUAGUCCAGGAACAUCCUGGAUACACAGAAGUGAGACCUCAAAAAACAAUUUUAAGAAAUUUGAUACAGGUCCAAAAUCGGGUUAUUCCUGCCAAAUCAUUAGAGGGUGGGUGUGUUUUAUAUGUAUAAUUUUAAUAUAUCCAGUUUAGUCAGAGCACGUGUUGAAAAUUUGGAGAAAGAGAGACAAAAAAUGAGAACCCUAAGUGGAUUUCUAAGUUCGGUUCUGAAACGAUGAACUUAAAGCAUAGUGGACUUACAGAACUUUCCAGGUUGGCUAAUUUUACCUUAAUUUGAAAUUUAUUUUAGUAAAUAUUUUGUAUUGUUUAAUUUAUCCUCUUUUCUGUCCCUUACACCGGACUGUCAGCUUAGAGAAAGCAUACAGAGUUUGUCACGAUGUCUAGUUUAUGCUGAACCUCCUUUUUGUAGGCCGGUUUAUGACGCCCAGCCUAUUUUGAGCUGCAGAAGCCGGAUGCUGAUCCUGCCACUCCUUCAUUGGUUGAGAGCAGCUGAUGUUCUAUCUCAACCAAUGAUGCUCCUCUGUGCACAGAAUUGACAUAAGCCAGCCCAGAACUCUUGUUGGCUGGCCAAUGACUAUGCUAGGGUUGAAAUUACCCCUCCGGCAGCAAAGUUGUUAAAACUCUGUAUGCGCUGUGUUUUCAUAGUGAAACUCUGCACAGUGACCCCAGGCACCAUAACCACUUGAAACAAUUUCAUGUCAAGUUGCGUGAAGUAAUCAUUUACACGUUUUGUUUUUAAAUGUGAAACACAAAAGUUUGGCUGCACUCAUGGUCUUGCUUUAGUGUAGUUUCUUUAUUCAAAAUCCAGAGAUCGACGUUUCAGUCCCUCUUGGGACUUUCAUCAGGAUCCAGAUACAUCGUUCUUAAAUAUGGAUAUAGUUAAAGCAUUAUUUAUUUUUUCAUGGGGGCAAUGGUUUAUUUUAACUAUGAUUGCCUUGGUAGGCUGAAUAUAUAAAAUAAAAGUCUAAAUUGUGCAGCAUAUCUGUGAGUUUGUUCUAAAUGCCCUUUACUUUUUGUAGGAUCAAGCAAUCCUUAGAAUUAUGGAUAAGGCGCCUUAUCUCCCACAAGCCAACUUUGAUUUCCUUGACUCUCCAAUCCAGCGAGGUUAUUUGUGUCCACCAAGACUCCAAGGCCCAGAAAUGGGUAUAAUGUCUCCUAAGCCUUAUCGUCAGCGUUUCAUGAGGCAGGUGAGAUGUGACUCGUAUUAAAAUGUAACUUUUUAGAAAAAGUGUAAAUGUGGGAAAAAAUAGAUAUUAUGGGCAGAGGAGAACCAAAUGGUAUUGCGAUCCAGCACAAAAUAUAAAGGAUAACGAAGGCCAGAGGCAAUGGGAGGAGUACAAUCAGUGGGUACACAACUGUGAUGCUUUAAAUAUUCCACAUUUCCCCUCUUCCCCACCACCUUCCUUGCAGCAAUCGCCAUUAGCAGGCCGCCCAAUGCGUCCAGGAUAUCCAUUUACUCCACCGAGGAGAGUUCCUCCAAAUUUCACACAAAAUCAGGUAAUGUUAGCUAAAACUUGUGGGGUGGGGGGGUUUUGCUUUGUGUUUUUUUUGUUUUUUUUGUCUGUUUUAACAACCUAUGGUGGACUACGUGUCUUGUGUCUCUCCUAUUGCUUUAGGAUUAGCAAUACUGGUAAAAUGGCGGUGUUCACUGAUAAUGUUCUUAUUAGAGAUUCACUUCUCACUUGCAAACUUUGUUUUACAGAUAAUUUGAGAGAGCAUCUCUACAGCUAGAUAUAGAUAUAUAUCUUUUUUUUUUUCUCCUUGUUUUAUUUAUUUUAUGGUAUUCUUAAUUUAGCAUGGUACGUAAAGAUGUUGGCUUAUUUUUAAAAUUGUAACUUACUUUAUUUAUUCCCACCUUCAGUCUCCAGGUUUUAUGUCCCAGACCCCCUUUAGGCCGAUGUCUCCCAAUGUCAGUACACCAGCCAGACCCAUGACUCCCAAAAUGGUCCGAAUGCAUUUUGGGCCGAUGUCACCCAGUCCCAGCCUGUCUCCAUUCUUCAGCCCAAUGGGUAACACGUUGCAAAGGUUUAAGUAAGUUCACACCCCAGUUUUCUUCACUAUUUUGUUGUCUUUAAGGUGCACAGUUUGCUCAGCUGACAGUACCUCAGUCACAAGUCUAAUUCCCACCUAGGUCAACUUGGCUCUCCUUUCCUCUGACAUUGAUUAGAAUGCAUACUAUCAAACUUCUUAAAUAUCAUCUAGACCACAAGAUGCAAUGGGGACUAGAAACUACCUAAAUAAUAUAUACCAAUAUGUGUGGUGUGGGUUCUCUAAUCCAACUGAUACAGUAACAUUUCCUGUUCACCAACUAGAAAUGGAAAAACUUAGAUGAGUAACCUAAUCUAUGGUUUCACAUAAAUGUAAUUCCUCCUACAAACUGGUGACCUUAGUAAUUUUUGCCCAGUCAUGUGAGCUUGCUGUUCUGUAUGCUGCAUGUCCAUCUGUUGCAUGCAUUCAAUUUGUGAUAACUUUGAAUGUAUUGAUCUCCAAUUUUCAGGGUUCCAGGACAUGUAACGCAGCUCCAUCCCCAGCAUCGGCGAAUUCUUAACCAACGCCAGAGAGCACAGAGGUAAAGAGAGAUUUUUAAUAUUGUUUCGAAAUCCAUUUUAAGGGGUUUCAAAUAUCCAGCCUUUAUAAUGGUACUGCUUCACCUACUAAACCUAAAUGGUCGCAUUAAAAACUUUCUUAAAAUAUAUAAUUUUAUUACUUUUUUAUUUAUUUAAAAUGUCAAAUUUAGUAUAAUUGCUAUGCCCCUCCACAUUCAUGUAGUCUCAUACAUGUGCAAGACUGCACAUGCCUCCAUAGAUCCCAGUUCCUACUUUUUGAUUGGACAAUGGUGACAGUGGAGCUCUGCCAUUUGUCAACCUCUGGCUUUACCAGAAGACCAGGUAGAAUCCCUACUUUGUCAUGUUGUAUCUUUGAAUUGUAUUAGAUUAUAUUUUCAUUAAGUACUUAGAAGUGCCAAAACUGAUUUUGUUUAACAAAGUUACAGAAAAGUAGAUGCAGAUGUAAUGCAUGGUUAGGCAGUGGCUUUUUAUUUAAAUUUUUUUUAUUUUUUUGUAAUACAUUACCAAUUUAAUUUGCCAUCUGUUUGGUGGUUUUAAUAUAAAAUAUUUUGCCAAGCUCAGUUUUGUGUGUUUUUAUCUUCUUAUCCUAAGCUCCUCCCGGAAACAGUGGGACAGUAGGCUGGAUCCCUAUGCUAGCUUAAUGUCUCAGAAGGAGAAAGAAUGGGUAAUUAAACUUCAGAUGAUUCAACUGCAAAGUGAAAAUCCACAUCUGGAUGAUUAUUAUUACCAGGUAACUAAUGGCGGUUAUGGGUGAGGGGCAGGAAGUGCAGGAUUCUGCCUGACCGUGCUACGUUAGGGGGUAUUGUAGUGCCAGUGUGUAUGGGAGUGAUUCUCUGUGUAUCUGUCAGUAUGGAUAUGCAUGUAUAGGAGUAUGAAUGUUUGUGAAUUCAUGUCUGGGAAUAUGGAUCUUUUCUAUGUUGCCCUCAUUGGAGGAGAAAACGUUUGGUCACGUUAUCCCACUGGAUCUUUUUUUUUUUUUUUUUUGACAUACCGUUUAAUUGAAUAAAUCCACUUCGGUCAUCUGUUUAUAAAACGGUGCUAGAAGUUGUAAAAACCAUGCGCAAACUUGGAGAUUUUAAAGGCUUACUCCAAGCAUCACAAACAAUGUGUUCUAAACUGAGUCCCCAGUGAUGACAUCCGACUUUUGCAGAAGACCAUCCCCUGGCUGAGCGAGUCGUCUAACUGCUAUCAGCCAAUGACUGCAAUUCUGUGCAUUAAAAUAUGCACAGAAUUAACAUUAGCUAGCUCCGAACUGUUGGUUCCGUUCUGUCUGACGCCUCUAUGGCUCUACCCAGGGGGGAGUUUCAACUCUUGAAGCAAAGGGAUUAAACUCCUGUAUGUGCAGUAUUUCAUAGUUAAAUUCUGCAUAUAGACUCCAAGCACCAUGACCUCUUUAAAUCAUUGAAAGUGGUGGUGUGUGUGUGUGGGGUUUUUUUUUUUUGUUUGUUUGUUUUUUUUGUAUCCAUUUAAAUAAAAAAUUGACUUUGCUCUUUGAUUUUUAAUUUUGCAUAAACAUUACCCUUUUUUUUUGGCCUGCCCCAUUACUUCUAGUUUAGGUCCAGGUAUAGUAUUCGUUCCUCUUACUUAUGCCUCGUUUCCACGGAGCGGUAUAAUUCGGGUCGGUACGGGUUAGAAUGGUCCAGCCUAUUCAGAUGAGCAUUUCCACUGCAAGUUGGACCGAGAGGGCAUUCGGGGUUUAGACCAAAUGCCUAGCGUGUCAUUUGUCAUGAGCAUUGACGUUUUCCUGUCCACCAAUCAAUGGAUUAUAUAGUGUGACGCCAGUAGCUCUGCUCUAACUGUACCAUACCAUUUCCUGCAGACCUAUAUCUGAAGGGGGCCCAGGAAUGGUUUGGUUCAGUUGUAUGGGCCACUUACAUAAUGGAAACACUCAAAAUAGCGUACUGACCCCAGCCGUACUGCUCAGUGGAAACUGGGCAUAUGCUUAUUUUCAGUUACCCUUUUCUAGGUAGAAGUUAAAUAUAAGACUAUGCAUUUGACAGAAGCCCCCUCAUCCCUCCCCCAAAAUUUGUUCAUUGGCUAUAUUGAGUGUCCAAACUAGUUUUAUAGAGGCCCAUUCUGGGGGGCAGAGCCUAACACCUGAACUGACUAGACUCUAUUUUCCUGAGCUCCCGAUGCCUGAUAAUAAAUCUAACUAAAUAGACUAUGCCAGAGUACAAACCAUCGGAGAAAACAAUUGCCCUCUAAUCCUCACGCUAUGCGCUGCGAGCCAAAGCCUUUCUUGUCCCCACAGAAGGGCAGGAAAGUGCGCCGCAGGCCUAGGGCCUGCCUCACUCUCACACUGAAGGCCGCGCUCUCAUAUCUGGUGUACCCCACGGAAGUCCAAAACACCUCCCGAACAACCAGCGAGGACUCCCAGCAGUAUGUGCCGGAGAUCACAGAAACUGAAAGAACAUACGAGCAGUGACUCCCAAGAUAUUGGCACUAUGCUCCAACACCCGACCACCAGCAAAAUGGUGGCAUGCCCAGAGCGAGACAUCAGCACCUCCACCUCAGACCGGGCAACGGGAGAGACCUUGGAACCCCCAGCACCUCAUACACAAGAUACAUUGCCUGUAGAUCAAAAUGCCUUGGCACCAGCCACUAAACUGGACAAUAAAAAUCUCAUUGGAACUAAAACCGAUGUCUGCGGCCGAUAUGGACCUGAUGAGAACAGAGGUCCAAGUGGUGACCGCAUGUGUGCAGGCCUCCAGAGAAGACAUACUAAAUGUGCAGCAAGAGAUAAAGGCCUUAACCCCUUAAGGACACAUCACGUGUGUGACAUGUCAUGAUUCCCUUUUUAUUCCAGAAGUUUGGUCCUUAAGGGGUUAAAAGAAGACUCUCUCCAAUUCAGACUCAGACGAACUACACCACUACUUCAGGAGACUCCAACAGUGCUGCUGCCACAUGCUCAGGCGAAGAGAUUAAUCCUAGAUGGCUUCUUUCACAUAAAUAAGCCCAAACAAGCACCUAAAUCAGCAUCCCUGAGAUAUGAUCAUCAGGUGUCAAACUAUGACCGAUAAACCGUGGAUCCUAGCUGCGUAGAGUGAAAGGCAAGUCUUCAUUGGACUUUGAGUCCUCACUGUUCUAUCGUUGCAACAUGCUAUGACUCUCUCGCUUACCUCAAUAAAGAGGCUCAUUCUGCAUAUGAUAUACUGGAAUUGUGUGUCCUCUUUCAAACUAGUGUGUAUGCAAAGGCAGCUGUAUGCUAGAGGCACAGUAUUCCAGGAGGACUGUACAGAAGGGUAUCUAUUUACCUGCGAGAAUAGGUCUGCUCUUAAAAUACAUAUAUAAUUACUAGUCGCAACUGCUUUGAUCAUGAGUAAAAUGUGAACCUCUAAUUAUUUAAAGAAGUUCUAUGAAAUAAUAAAAUGCUCUAGAAACUAACUGUGCACAGUGCUUUUUAUUAACCCCAGACUUAUCCGACCAUCUGGCAUGUUUUAUUUUAAAUAUACAAUGUCAAAACCGCUAUGCAAAAGUUUUCUCUUUCAGACUGACAAUAAAAGGAAUGUAUAUUUAAUUUUUAUCAGACCUAUUAUGAAAAAUUGGAACGAAGAUUAGCUGAAGAAGAGCUUUUUGGAGAGCGCAAAAAACGGGAACCCCCUAAACUGGUUACUCCUUAUAUUCAAAAGACCGAGACCUACGAAUCAGGUAUGCACUAUUUAAGAUGAUGUGGGGGGGGGGAAUGCAUAAAAGAAUGUUUAAGUUUUGCAUACAUUUUGCUGAUGGACCCUCCUAAAAAUAUUGUGUAUAUAAUUAAGAAAUCUUUCAUUUUGUAUUUACAUUGCUGACUUAAGUGUGCAUCUUGGUUUUGAACUUUUCAUUUAGUCUUGACCCGUGUUGAAGAGCAUGUCGAUAGCGUUUUUAAGUCUAGGUAAUUCUACUACAAACCAUAUAAAGUGAAUGGAAAUACCAUUCAUGAUGUUUUAAUUUUUUUUUUUUUUUUUUGUGUGUAAUUAUCGUGCCAGGAGUCUUUCUACCCCCACUAUUUCAGACACAGAAGUAGAAACAUAGUCUGAGUUGAGCUAACCGUCAGACAAAAGUCAAGUGAAAGGGUUUGAUUACUUCCAAUGGAGGGGAGGGCAACAACUUGGUGUAGUGGUUAUGGUGCUUGGCAGGUUCUGUUUGUAUCAAUUGAUGGGUAUGUUGUGCAUAUUCGAUCUGAUCGAUUUUUGAAGAAUGGGUGAUUUAUGUAUAUUUGUCAUACACCUACCUACCCACUGUCCCUAUUUUAAGCUGACAUUCCACUGUUCCUCGCUUCUACAACAGCUUUAUUUGCUGUGGAGCUUUUUUAUUUCUAUAUACAGAGGAGGAACCUGGGUCACUUUGCAUCUCCUCGCCCCCUGGCAGUUUUAAACUUCCCGUUCAAUCCCAGUGUUUCUCAUAACCCCUCACAGAUGCACACUCCCUGGUAUGGCCACACAUUUGCCAAAUUCUUCACUUUUAUGGUCAUUGGGGGCAUGGCAGUCCCCUGGUAUUUAGUGAUUGGGGAGGUAGUGACUGUAGUAGUUCUUCCCCCUUGAUAUUUACUAUGGAGUUAACAUGCAAGCCGCAUAUAACUCCACUUCCUGUAACUGUGAGGCAGCUCCCUCCCUCUCCCUACUACACCUGGGUAGAGGAUAACAAAGUCUUCUACCCAGAUCCCGUGCAGACACACUACAAGAAAUGACUGACAGAACGGUAGUGCUCCCAUCUGUCACCCUGGGCAGACCGCUCCCCUGUAGUAUGCUACUGACUCACAAUUUUUUUUAUUUUUUUUUUGACAUUCUUUAUUUUGAGUUUUUCCAUCAUGACACAUACAUGUGUAACAUAACCAACAAGUUUCAACAAGGUUUGUAUAGAAACAGUAGACAGUGCAACAGAGGUGUACCAUCAACAUUCCACUGGGUGGCUACGGUUCCCUUUGUAUCUUAGUCUUGGCUCUAGCCAGCUUUGAGGUUUAGGCCGCGUUGUCUGUCUGUCAUCGUACGUGGGUAAGGCACUGCGGUGCAGGACCUAAUGCGGGUUAAGGAACAGGUCAGAAAGAGUGUUGUCGUUUUGUAAUGCCUAAUCCCUACGUCCAACGGUGGGUCGUAAGUGGUUGAGGCCCCUUGUAUACAUGCCUGAUGGGGUCCGUUCUGUGUCUCAUGGUGGCUGAUCGGACCCGAGGAUGUGGUGUGGUAGGCUAGCUUUCUCCCUUUUGCACUAUAUGUCAUGCUUCUGUUUUUGUUCUGAGUUGGCAUCUAGUACUCGUGCCCUGUAGGUAGGGGAUGGGGAAAAGUAAGUGUAGAGGUUGAGGUGUGUCAAGUCGAUCGGGUAGGGUUAAUAAAAACAUGGGACCACUACUAGAGAAGUAUGUCCCGUCAAUGGGUUCCUUAGUCCCCUGUCCUAUUGUUAGUCAUCCUUAUGUCCCGUGGUGUGGGUCCUAGUGAGUGAUUCCCCUGGCCCCUUGGUCCCCCAGACCCCAUCAGUUCCUGUUCCAGAGUAGAGGUCCUAUCUUACGGGCGUCCUGUGCGGAGGGCUCAGCCUCCGGCCUCUGCCUGUAUGGGUGGCUAGGGGUCUCAAGGGUCGGGGCUGGGAUAGGAGAGAGAAGGGGAGGGGGGGGCACGUUUGGAAGGCCCUGGUGGGCCCCCCUUCGACCCUCGCGGCCACGUCCCCGCCGCCGGUCCCGGCCACGCACCCACCCGCCACAGCUCAGCCCCUUCGGGUCCAUCAGUAUCCGAAAUGUAUUCUAUGCUAUCCUCUUCGAAAGGUAGGAUUUCCAGGGGUACCAUUUGAGAGCGCACCUGUCCGAGCAUUCUUGCAGGGAGGCAGUCAUUAGUUCCAUAUCGUGGAUGGUUUCAACUUUAUCCACCCAUUGUCUGUAUGUGGGGAUCGUAGGGUGCUUCCAGUGUAGGGGUUUUGGCCGCGGUGAGCAGAUGUAUGGUGAGUGAGUUUUUUGUAUGUUCGCAUGGGUGUGUGGUGCAGGAGCAUCAGCAAAGGCUGGAGGGGGAGGUCCGUUCCCGUGAUCUCCCUAAUCUUUGUAUUGAUCAUCUGCCAAAAUGGUGCUAUAUGUGGGCAGGACCACCAGAUGUGCAGGUAAGAACCAGGUUCUGCCCCACAUCUCCAGCACUCACCCGUGUCAGCAUGUGGCAUGUGCCUAAGAGUGUCAGAUGUUUGGUACCAACGUGUCAGGAGUUUAUAACUAGUUUCUUGGAGCUUAUGGAACAUUUAUGGGUUAGGAGGAAGAUUUUAUCCCACUCUUGGUUUGUCAGCUGGAUUCCGGUCUCACGUUCCCAUUUACUUGUGAAGCCUAGUGGACCGCUAUCUGCCGUCGUUAGGAGGGUUCCAUACAUGCGCGAAAUGCCAUGUCCUAUGUGCUUCCUGUUUGUGCACAGUUGUUCAAAGUCCGGGUGGGCGUGCCAGUCGACAAUUCUGUGCAGGUGAGCGGCUUGAUAGUAGGCAAGUAGAGAUGGCAGCCCCACUCCACCCGCUGCAUUAGGGAGCUCCAGGGUCACCUUACGGCCGUUGCUACCAAUCUGAAGAAUGCUUGUGGGAUCUUUUGUGGGUAGGGUCGCGAACAGGUAGAGUAGUCUCGGGAGUAUAUUCAUCUUGAUUGCACUGAUGCGACCGAACCACGUGAUAUACAGCCCUGACCACCUUGCUAGAUCUUGUUGUAUGGUCGACAGGAUAGGGAGUAAGUUUAGCUGGUACAGUUGGGUGAGGUCCUUCGGCAGCCAGGUAGCGGAUUUCUGUCGCACACCAGGCAAAGGAGAAUUGGGAGCUGAGGCGAUCGGCGAGUCCUGCAUUCUGUGUUAGCAACAUGGCUUCUGACUUGUCCAGGUUUAGUUUCAGAUUUGAUACUUGGCCGUAAGCGUCGAAUGCAUGUAGCAGGUUAGGUACCGAUAUCACGGGUUGUUCAAAGAAAAAGAGCAUGUCGUCUGCGUACGCCGCCACCCUGUGCUUCUCACCACCCACCCUGACCCCUGUUAUGCCCCCGUCCCAUCUGACCGCCUCCAGGAAUGGUUCCAGGGUGAGGGCAAAUAGGAGGGGGGACAGGGGGCAGAUCUGCCAGGUCCCAUUGCCGAUGGGAAAUGUUUUCGUCAGGGCCCCGUUGUCUCGGAUCCUCGCUGUUGGCGUGGAGUAUAAUGCAGAGACCCAGGCGUGCAUGUAGGGCCCGAAGCCCAUGUGCCGCAACGUUUCAGCCAUGAACACCCAGUCGACUCGAUCGAACGCCUUCUCGGCGUCCGUCGAGAGUAGUACAGUGGCUCGGUGGGACGUUCUGGCGGCGUGAGUAACAUUGAGUGCCCGUAUAGUGUCAUCCCUGGCCUCUCUGCCCGAGAUAAAACCCACUUGGUCCGGGUGGAUGAGGUCUGGCAUGAUCCGGGCUAGUCUCAGGGAUAGGGCCUUGGUGAAAAGCUUCAAGUCGGCAUUCAAUAAUGAGAUGGGCCUAUAGCUCGCGCAAUUGGCUGGGUCCUUGCCCUCUUUGGGGAUUACCGUGACUGUUGCCGCUAGGGAGUCCCGUGGGGAAGCUCCCUGUGUCCCCUAUGGAGUUCAGGCCUGCCAGGAGGCGCGGAAGGAGCGUGUCGCGGAACGUCCGUAGGUAUGAGUGGUAGGCUAUCGGGUCCUGGGGCCGUGUGUGUGUGUGUGUGUGUGUGUGUGUUUGUUUGUGUUUGUUUGUUUUGUUUUUUUUUGUGUGCUGUGGCUAGCUCCUCCAGGUCCUCCGCGAGUUCCAGGGUGAGAUUGCGGGUUACGUUCGCCAGGUAGAGAUUCUCCUGCGCCGAUUCUGGUCUGAUGCACCCCGUGUGGCCUGCAUUGAGUUGUAAAGGUCCGUAUAGUAGGUCCGAAAGGUUUCCAUAAUUCCGUUAGGCAGGCUGUUGUUCCUGCCAUCUCGUGGAUAUGGUGGGACCUCCUCUGCGCCCGGAGCAUCUUGGCCAGGAGCCUGCCGCUCUUGUUAGAGUAUUCGUAGAAAAACCUGGCUGAUUUCUGCAAGGUGUGUAGAUGUCCUUUGGAGAGGUGGUCCCUGAGCGCUCUGCGAGCUUCUGUCAGUUGAAGGUAGGUGUCGUCAUCUAGGGUCUGCUUGUGGGCAUUCUACAGGGUUGCGAUCGUCUUCGUUGGGUCUGUGAUGCAGCGCACCUUCUCUUUCUUGCGUCUUGUUCUGUUGGAAAUAGUGUCCCCGCAUUACACACUUAUGGGCUUGCCAUACUGUCAAAGAAGGCAUGUCGGGGGUGUCGUUUAUGUCGAAGUAUUGGGUGAGUAGUUGUUGAGCCGUGGUGCGUGCAUCUAGGUCGGUCAGCAGCGUUUCAUUAAGCCUCCAUUGGCGUUCCGCUCAUUUGCAUCGAAACUGGGGCAUGGUCCGAGUGGCGCAUAUUCCCAAUGUUAGCGUUGUGUAGCUGUGUCAGGUAUUCCUGUGACAUAAAGAUAUAAUCUAUGCGGCUGUACUGCUUGUGUGUGGGCGAAUAGUAGGUAUAAUCCCUAUCAUCAGGUUGGGUUGCUCUCCAGCAGUCGACCAGCCCCACUGUGUUCAGGGCUCGCCGGGCCUUGUUUGGGUAUGGCACUGGUGCCCCUCGAGGAGUCUAAGCGUGGGUCUAGCGGCAUAUUCAGGUCCCCUGCUAGUAUCAAGAGUCCCUCCCUAAACCGUUCUCGUUUGGACAGUGUUUUGGCCAGGAAAGUGUGUUGUGUUCGGUUCGGGCUGUAUAUACAGGCGAAUGUGUAGGCAUGGUCUGCUAUGGUGCCCUUGAGGAAUAUGUAUCUCCUGCCCGGGUCUGUAAGCAUCUUUGUGUAGAUAUGGAAUCGAGUGCGCAACGAGGAUUGCGACGCCCGUUUUCUUGACGUCCGGGUGACAGGCGUAAUACCCCUGUGGGAAACGGUUGUUUUCGAGUUUGGGAUGGGCACGGCUCACUAAGUGCAUCUCCUGCAAGAAUGCCACGGACACCCUCUCUGCCCAAAAUUGGCAGAGCAGCUGGGAACGUUUAUCCGGAACGUUGAGACCCCUAACAUUGUUCGACCACGGCUUAAGCUGCGCCGGGCGCACACGCAACAUGGCUCUGGGUCCCAGGUCCCCUCCCCCCGGAUACCCGCCAGACGGCGGCGGUCAGGGGUGGGAGGGGCCAGAGGUAGCAAGGAAGGGUGGGGCCAAUACGGGGAAGGGGCAAGUAAAUGCAACGUCUAACCGCGGUCCGACCUAUAUGUACAAAGAAGGUCUGUUGCAUGGGGUGCAGUAAAAGCCACCUGUGGCGUCCGUCGCACGUACGUGGAAUGUCUGUCAAUGACAGUCUCCCAGGUCACCCAACCCGCUGGUGGGGGAGGGGGGGUGUCUAGUGCGUGAAAUCCCAGGUGUAGGGAAGUACCUGCUCGGAGCCGGUGGCCCCUUAUCUCAUGAGUGCUUGGCUAGCUACUAUUUCGGGGUUGUCUAGGGCCAUAACUAGGUGGGCUUUCCCACACCAUAAUUCCCUCAGGCCUACUCCACAUUCACCGUCCCAGGGUACCCAGGUGGGGUGCCAAUGGUCUCGGUCUGUCACCUCUAUGGAUAAUUCGCGGAUGCGUCAUCCCGAGCGUCCAGUCCCACCCUGCGCUCUGGGUCCGUCCAUGGGCCAUGUCUGUCCGUCCGUCCGUCGCUCACCCUAAAACUUGCAACUAAAUAGAAACAUCAUAUACAAUAACAGAGCCUAUACAGCCUCCAUAUCUCAAGCGUACCAUCCCCGACCUCCCCUGGCUCGCUGCCUCCGGACUCCGUGUGCGGGCCUCCCGUCUGCGUACCACUAGGUCAUCCGCUGGGUCCCCCCUGGGCAGAGAUAUAUUUUCUCCUGCAGUAAAUGGGGAAACAAGAGACUUGGUAGAAAAAACAUACAUAUGGUUAACUAUCUGUUCAGAUUAACGUUGAUAACGAGGUUGGUUUUACUCCUGGGCAAAUCUAUGUGUGUGUGUGUGUUUUAAAAUAAAUAAAUAAAUAAAACAAAAAAAAAAAGCCAAUAUUCCCCUUCAUCUUAAUAAUGAUGUAGGAGCAGAUGGCAAAUGCAUUAUGCAUUCAUUCAAAUGUUUACAUUGUGCAUAAUAUUGAUUUUAUAAAAUAUUUCACCAUGAAGGAUACAUUGAGAUUUCUUGUUUCCAAGUAUGUCCUUGAAUUGUUACCAUAAUUACUCUAGCUGUAUAUUAUGCGACUACAAUGUCACUAUUAAAAUGUUACCUGGCAAAUUCUUUUGUGAAUUUAUUUUGUCUCUAGUGUAGAGUGCUUCUUAGAAACUACUUGUAGCCCAUAUAGUGCUUAAUCCAUGUAGAGCGGAUACAUGCUGUAUAUCCCUUGUGGUUUUUAAUAACUUUAUAUUUUACUUUGUUAGUGGUUCACAUUGAAGGUUCACUGGGACAGGUGGCUGUUUCAACCUGCUACAGCCCCCGAAGGGCCAUCGAUGCAGUUUCUUAUAUUGUACCCGAUGAGGUAAGGCCUUGUUUGAAGUUUUUAUGGUGUGAGGGAAAAGCUUAAUAUAUCUUUGCAUGAUUUAAAUUUUUAUUUUUUUCCCUUUAAUUAGGGAUGGCUUGCUUCCAAAUAACUGCUGUGAUUCUAACUAGCACUACAAUCACAAAACAACUAAAACAAAUAGGUUGCUGUAUUUAAAUAUUAAAGGGACACUCCAGGCACCCAGACCACUUCUGCCCAUUGGAGUGGUCUGGGUGCCAACUCCCACUACCCUUAACCCUGCAACUGUAAAUAUUGCAGUUUUCAUAAACUGCAAUAUUUACCUUGAAGGGUUAACUCCUCCACCCGGGCACUUCCGGGUUUAUAGCACACAUUCCGUGUGCUAUAGCGUUGCUGGACGUCCUCAUGCUAUAAUGCUAUACCGAGGGACAUUGGCGCUGGAUACAGGUAAGUCACUGAAGGGGUUUUAACCCCUUCAGCAACAUGGGAUGGGGGGUGGGAGGGAGAGGGGACCUGCAGUGCCAGGAAAAAAGUUUGUUUUCCUGGCACUGGAGAGUCCCUUUAAUGUCUGUACAAAGCAGCUUUGUGUCCAUCUGGUAUUUUUACAUAAUUUGCAGACACCUGACAGUGAUUGCUUAGCUGAUAGUGCCGUGGCCAAGGGGUGCAGGCAAAGCGGAGUUAUUCACCUGAACAUGUCCUUGGCCACCCCCAUACUACUCCAGGAGCCAAAGUCAGUGCUGUACUCUGAGUGUUCAGGAGUAUAACACUGAGGUCUAUGGGGGCUACUAAGAGACUGCACGAACCUCCAAAGACAGGGGAUGGAGAUGGAUAGAUAUAUAUUAUAAAUGUAUUUAUUUUCCUCAGCAAUCACUAGUAACAGCUGAAGGUUUUACAGGGAUGGACAGCGUUAACCCCUCCUGCUUAUCAAGCAUAGGACAAAUAUGAACACAAGUUUGUGUCCUUACUUCGUCUUGGUAGAUCUUUUACAAAAACACAAUGUGCUGGCACUCAAUUAUGCAAGGUGCAGGUAUUCGAGAUUUAACCCCACAACAACCUCCUAAUCUAAAUCAAAAACAAAUAUGAAUACCGCACUCAAAACAAUUCCAGUAAAGUCUAAUCUUAUAUUUAAUUGCAAAGCUAUUUAUUAUAAUGAUAAUUCAUAAGUUCAUAAAGUCAAUCAUAGUAGAAUACAUUUCAAUCCUAUGUACAUAGAAUAUUUACAUAUAUACACACCAAAUCCUCCCUAUGUUAAAUUUUAAUGAGUUAUGUAUCUAUUUACAAUGUGUAAUGAUCCAAAAAAUGAAUGAAAAAGAUGAUCCCAAAAAAUUCAAAAAAAGGAAAAUAGUAAAAAAAUAAAAAUAAAAAAUAAAAAAAUUGAAAAGAAAAGAGGAAAAAAAGGAGAAAAAAGUGAAAAAAAUUAUAUAUCAUACAGUCCUGUUGUAUAAUAGUCCAAAAUAUAGUGCACUAUAUGCUUCAUAAGUCUAUGGAUAGAUCUCACCAAUGUAGAAGAUAGCUUUAAGGUAUGCUCAGUAGGAGGAUGAUGUCUGUAGAACGGAGAGGAACAGGGGCCAUCGAAGGGACAGGAACGUCCCUAGUCUGUAGAUGGUGUAUAAUGGAUGAGGGUGGAAAGACAAUCAAUCAUUUAGCAGAAUCUGGUCAGUAUGACAGGUCAUUCAAUGAUCCAUGGAAGUAGGCAAUCCUAGAAACGGGCUGAAAUGGGCUGCGCGCUCGGGACGUUCCUGUCCCUUCGAUGGCCCCUGUUCCUCUCCGUUCUACAGACAUCAUCCUCCUACUGAGCAUACCUUAAAGCUAUCUUCUACAUUGGUGAGAUCUAUCCAUAGACUUAUGAAGCAUAUAGUGCACUAUAUUUUGGACUAUUAUACAACAGGACUGUAUGAUAUAUAUAAUUUGUUUCACUUUUUUCUCCUUUUUUUCUUUUUUUAUCUUUUCUUUUCAAUUUUUUUAUUUUUUACUAUUUUCCUUUUUUUGAAUUUUUUGGGAUCAUCUUUUUCAUUCAUUUUUUGGAUCAUUACACAUUGUAAAUAGAUACAUAACUCAUGAAAUUUAACAUAGGGAGGAUUUGGUGUGUGUAUAUAUGUAAAUAUUCUAUGUACAUAGGAUUGAAAUGUAUUCUACUAUGAUUGACUUUAUGAACUUAUGAAUUAUCAUUAUAAUAAAUAGCUUUGCAAUUAAAUAUAAGAUUAGACUUUACUGGAAUUGUUUUGAGUGCGGUAUUCAUAUUUGUUUUUGGUAGAUCUUUUGCCAAAGUUGGAAUGUUGGUGAAAUACCGAAAACCACAACAUUAACCAACAUUGCCCAGUGUCAGCUGAACAGUGCAAUUAAAUAGUUAACAAAUUACACUAUUGCAGUUGCUAUAGCAUGGAUCCUCAAACUCCGGCCUCCCAGAUGUUGCUGAACUACAACAUCCAUGAUUCUCUGGCGCUCGAUGUAAUUCAAAGAAUCGGGGUAGUUCGGCAACGUCUGGGGGGCCGGAGUUUGAGGACCCAUGUGCCGUAGUGUGUGGAUUUUAAUUUUUUUUAAUUUUUUUUUUUUUUUCUCUACACUCACAAAAAUAAAUUUGUUUUCAAGGCAGAUGCAGAAGAAAAGACCAUUAGAAAACUUUGUGACACUUCGUAUUGAUUGCACAAUGUUAAAUGUGCUUUAAUUGCCAUGGAUAUUUAAUACGAUCCAUGCUCAAUUUAAUUGAAUAUAGUUAAUGAUGCAUUAUUUCUCAACCCCCAACCCCCCUCAUCCCCUGUACCCUAUUUUAUUUAUAUAUAUAUAUAUAUAUUUAUUUAUUUUUCUUCUUUCUUCUCUCCAGGAUAUUAAAGCUCUGGGUUACCAGCGUUUGCGGGUACUCAAGCAUAUUGAGAAGGUUGGUAACGCUUUGGGUAGGUUAGUCUAGUAUUGUGCUAACUUUGCAAUGUUAUCAGAAUAUGCUUAGAUGCACUUGGAAUGGAAAAAAAACCUGUAUAUUAUGGUUUUUAAAAUGCCUUCGACAUGGUGAGUUUAAACCUUGUUUUAUGGGUACAUCUUGCCUGGGCUUUAUACCCAGGAGAGCCCUGGUUUAUAUCAAACACUUUGACACCAACCUGGGAGACUACUCCCAAACACUAGUUGCACCAUAACCACUUCAAAAAGCUUUACUGGUUAUCCUAAUUUGAGUGUUCUGCUCCUUAGGGCACAGUUAUUGCAAGAAUGUUUUUUCUUCCUUUCUCCAUGCAACAUUUGCUAAGGGUUACAAUUGGGGAUGUUUGAAGAAUUCUUCCAGGAAUAAAACAGAAAUGGGAUAAAUUCAUGUCUCUUCUCCUAAAUUGCCAAUGUAUUAGAUGCACAGUUUAUUAAUUCAUCCUGCUUUAAACCAGGCAUCUCAAACCCAGCCCAUCAGAUGUGGGGAAGAGCACUAGAUUUUGCCAUCCCUGAUCGUGACCACUUACUCUAACAUAUGUUUUUUUUUUUUUUUGGUUUUUUUUUUAGGUGCUUGCUUAACAAAGCUAAAUAUUGGGGUUUUAUGCACCAGGGAAGCAAUUUCAUUUUAAUUUCAAACUACUGAAGAUAGUGUCAUUUUUAUAUCUUAUUUUUUUUUUUUUAUUUUAAAUAUGUUGAUAAACAUCAUUAAAUUAGGGGGUAGCUUUUUUUCUUAUUUUUAAUUUAAAAAAAAAAUUAAUUAUAAGUCAAUGUUGCCUACUUUCCCUUUUUAUAUUGAAGUUAUUCCUAAUGCUGCUAGAGGUAGAAGAGAUGGAGAGGAAAGUGCCACAUCUCUCUGACGAACAACACGUUCGAUUCCAGCAGAAACAGAACUACAAAGUAGAAAGACUGUACGAUGCCCUCAAGAUCGCAACAUGCAGUCCUGACGAGUGAGUGAACUGUAAUUGGUGCAUGAGCUGUAAUUAUCGUAAAGGAUAAAAAUACUUCAUGCCCCUGGAUGCUUUAUUUUUUAUUCUCCCAUCUCUCUUCUCUCCUUUCUGCCUUUAAAACUACAAUCAUCCCUCUAUAUUCUAUAUAUUGCUUGGAGCAAUAGAUCACCUCUAGGAUCUUUACAUUAACAAUCAAUGUACUGAUGUAAAGUUAUUCACAAUCCCUUACAGGUCAUUUUUAAAGCCUGAAUCCUUUCAGUUCUGAUCCAGAGAUGAGACAAAUUAAAGGGACAUGCAUCACUUGAUGACUAUUUAUUUUUAUUUCUUUAUCAGCAUGCAAACGCUCUUGACCCCUUAAGGACCAAACUUCUGGAAUAAAAGGGAAUCAUGACAUGUCACACAUGUUAUGUGUCCUUAAGGGGUUAAACAAACUUUUUUAUAAACUUGUUCAGAUUGCAUUGCUGGGCACAGCUCCUUUUGCCUUAACUUUGAGACUCCCUUUAAUUUCUCACUUGAGUGAGCAACCCUGAUAAUGUGGAGAGUGCUAUUCCUAUUUAAUGUCUGUGUGUGUGUUUAAACUAAUGCUUUCCUUUGCAGUGAAACAGAAAAUGCAUUCUUGCAGCUGUUACAAGUUGGCAAAGGCAAGAAACUAAUUGCGAGACUCCUUCCUUUUCUGCACAGUGAGCAGGCAGCACAGAUACUUCUCAUAGUUGUUCAACAUUUGUCUUUCCUUAUUAAGAAUGAUGUCACUGAAAAGGUAACCUUCUAGCCAUAAGCUCCUAUAUGACUGGUGCAAUAGUGCAAAUCUGUGAAUAAUGACUUUCUUCUUAUAGUCUCUACCAGUUCUCUAUGAACCUCUGACAGUUGUAAUAAAUGGGCUUGCGUUCUCUGAACUCAUUGGAAUCAUUCAAGAACUCACCCAACCUUUGCCAGAUUCUAAAGAUUUGCCACUAACUAUGGCAUUCAAGAACCAGGUAUGUAUGGAAAUAUUUAAUAGGUGUGCCAUUUAUAAGAACACUCUCUAGUUGCGAUGUUUAUAACAUUGGCAUGUCAAAAUCUUUAAGCUGGUUGUGAACAUACUCUAUUAUAAUUUUGCCGUUCAAUCAUGUGAUUUCUAUUCUUGUCCAAAAAUUGCAUCUGUCAUGUAUGUGUGCACUAUGAAAUUAAUGUAAACGUGGUUUUUUUUUUUUUUUUUUUUUUCUACCUUCUUCAGUUUGGGAUAUCUCUGUUGUAUUCUUUAUUGAGUCAAGGAGAGAGGCUGCUGUCAUCUGACACUCCGAUGGAACCCUGUAUUGGUGACUUUGAAAAAUGGUGCGAUGUUUCGCUUUCUGUUACAGUAUUACCACGUAAUUCAAUCUAUCAAUAUUAUGAAUAAUUCACAUGAUUUUCUAUAAUUCUAAAUGAUUAGAUAAGUGACAUUUUAAGUUCAUUGUAGGAGUCAGUGACAAUGUAAUGUGCAGUCAUUAGGAAGUGUAAUGAAUGAACUGUAAAGGAUUGGCCUAGCAAGUGUUUUUUUUGGGGGGGGGCAUCCACUGUGGCCCCACACCAAAACAAAAGUGUGGGACGAUUAUAAAACUUUAUAUUUUUUUUGUGUCAAAAAACCUUUCCAGAGUUAUUUUUAGAUUUUGCUAUAUUACUGGUUCUGCUCUGUUAUAUUUCUUGUCCUCUUUCCCAAAUCCGUUCUCUUCUCCGCUAUGUACUCAUUCACAGGAGAAAUCUAACCAUACUUUUCCUUUUAGCCCAUGACCUCCGAUUAAUCUUUUUAUAGUAUCUGUCCUGUCAAUAUAUACAGGUGAUCUUUCCAGUCAAUAAGCUAGCUAUUUACAACUUAAUAAGACAUUUUUCUAUAAUCCCAUUUUGAUCUCAAUGCUUUUAGUGAAAUGGAACGCUUCAUUUCCUACAGCCUGAGCUACUCACCACACGCCACCAUUGAUGGAUAUUGACACAUCUGUUUUUAAAAACGGCACAUCUGAACAUUCUGUGGUUACAAGAACACGGAGUCAAAAUGGAAGCUGGAGAUAAUUGCCCCCAAGCUUCAGACUUUUGCCAUGUGUGGAUUUAAUUUAUUUUUCGUCCUUCAUUUUUUGGCAUCCUAGCAAUAAAUUUCUUGGAAUUUAAAUUAAAAAUGAGUAAAUCACUCUUUCCAUUUUAGAUCGGACUAGUCCUGUCAAUAUUGAGAUCUUUGCCUCCCUGUUGUCAAAUUUGAGAGAGAAAUUCUUAAAACUGACCGAUAUAUAAGCAGCAUGUCUCAAUAAUAAUCUUUUUCUAUUUUCAGGACAGACACUGUGUUCUUGGUUGCAAAAGAACUUUCCCAUGUUUCAAAGUCCUCCAUGGUGGAACCACUUUUCUUACCUAGCAACUUGCUUUCGUUAUUUUGCCGUUACUUGGACAAACAGACUAUUCAUAAACUUGAGGACAAAAUGGAGUAAGUUUCCAAUGCAUAAACCUUCCUUCCCAAAAGUCACAUUGACCACAGAGUUUUUCAAUGGCAAACUUCCAGUAUUCCCAAAAAGUCAGGUAGUGUAAAGUAAACUGAAGCACACACUCUGCUGUUCUGGAGAACUGCAUGCCGAGAAUUGAGUGUGGGCAGGCAACAUAUAGUUUUACACAGGGCCUGUGCAAGUAAUUUUGGUUACACAGACAAAGAUGCAUUUUGCAGCCCUCUGCACUCUCCCCCCUGCCCCCGAAAAUAAAAUGCAUCUUUACCUGUGUCUUGUAACCUCAGUUUUGAAUUUCUUACCCUCUUGAGUGUAUUUUAUUCCCCCUUUUAAUGUCUUACACCCUCUUGUGUGUCUUUCUCCACCCAAGCCCCUUUGUGUGUCUUCCUUUCCUCCAGCCCCUUUUUGUGGCUUUCUCCCCCCCCGUGCCGUGUGUGUGUGUGUUUUUUUUUUUUUAUUUUUUUUAUUUUUUUUCAUAUGCCAAAUAGACAUAGAUAUAUAGCGGCACACAGUCAUACCAAUCUACACGUAAAAGUACGUCAUACAAACACAUUCAGACUCGAUCAUACAGCGCAGGGGUCUUUGCAAAUUUAGGGGGUGUAGUGGGGUGAUGGAUAUAGUUUGAGGGACGUGUAGUAGGGGAGUUAGGAGCUGUGGCGGAGGGGGACCGCUGCAAGAGAGGGGCUGUGUGUGGGGGCGGCAGGAGCUUUAGAGGAGGGGGUGGGGGCAGGAGCUGAUAGGGGGGGGACGACAGGAGUUGGCACUAGUAUUUUUAUUUAUAUAGCGCCAUCAAAUUCAGUAGCGCUGUAAAGGAGGGGCACAGGGGCUGUGGUGGGGGCUUAGGUGCAUAGGGGUAGUGCUGGGGCUGCUUUUAAUAAAAAUAAAAAAAAAUCUUAAGUGUAUUUUCCCAUUCCCUCCCAAAGUUUACCUUGGGCCAGGGAGGGAGGGUCAGGAUUUGGAGCCUACUGCAGUCUGUAGCCAGUAAAGUAGGCAAGCCCCUCCUGAUGAUGUCAGGAGGAGGGGGCUCUUCUCCCAGACUCCCCAGAGGUCUGGGAGAAGAGCAGUGGAUGUCAUGCCCCCUCCUCCUGACAUCAGGAGGUGCCGGCCGACUCCACUGACUGCAGGGAGUGAGAGGUAAGUUGAAAAUUCCAGGUCCCCAGCCAGAGGCAGGGGAUUCAGAUUUUUGCACCCCCCUGCUCUGGCGCCCUAAGGCAGCCGCUUGUGUUGCCUUAUGGACACGCCGGCCCUGGUUCUACAGAUGUAUUUGGAAAUCGAUAUACAAUUGCUAACAAUUCGGAUAGCACAAGAAAUAGAUGUAGUCCCAAUUUAACAUGGUAAACAGUACAUUAAAGAAACCCUAUAGUGUUAGGAAUACAAAGAUGUGUUCAUAACACUGAAGUAUGUGUUUGAUCCUAAAUUUAAGUUUAAACCUCUUUCACCCCCCCACCCCCAUAUGAGCAUGAAAUGGAAUUAAGGGGAGUAUUAACAGUGUUUUUAAUCAAUGCUGAGGUCUUUUUGCACUCCUCUCACAAUGUCAUGCUGAUGGAGAACUUAAAAGAUGCUGGGCGUCCUCGUGCAUGAGGACUUCUAUAGUUUCACGAAGUUCUGUGAAAAUCCAGAAAGUGCCUCUAGUGGCUGUCUUCAAAGCAGCUGCUAGAGGUUCUCUUAACCCUGCAAUAUAAACCUUUCUGAAGCUGCAAUGCUUUCAUUUGCAGGGUUAGGGAGACUGACACUGUAUCCAGACCACUUCAUAAGAUGAAGUGGUCUGGAUGCCUAUAGUGUCCCUUUAAAUGUAAUUGAAGGCUAAUAUCUCAAUGUCCAGAUUCUGAAUGCCUUCCGAGGAUGUUGCAUUAAUUAUGAUAAUCUUGGGACAUUUGGACUUAAAUUAAUAAUUCCGAUACACAGUAUUCUAAAAAUGCAUGGCCUAACAAAACACUGUGUAGCACUGGAUGUGGUUGGUUUGAUGGUUUUUCAUUUUUUAUUUUUAUUUUUUAAGACCUUUGUAAUCUGCAUAGUGUUUUCAGCAUUCUUGUGAUAUCAAAAUCUUUCAGUAUUUUUUGUUAACUUUUUUUUUUUUUUUAUUUUGUUUUAGCUGUCCGAAAAUACCAUUAUAUGCAGCUGACCCUUCAUGA